AUGAAUAAGAUUUCUCUGGGUAUAUUCAUUAUACUCUGCCUUAUUUCUCUCACUCUAACUCAGACACCCCAAUAGUGUAAAGAAUGUGCAGCUAAUCCAUGCGGAUGUUAACUUUUCAAAUGCUCCACGAAAUUGCAGUUUCCUACAAGCACUCAAGAUCUCUCUAAAGGAUUUAGCGGGUGUUAAUAAACUAAUGGAGAUUUAGUCGCUAAUGACAUUAUCUAGUAACUCUAAGGUUAAGGCUCAUGCUUAUGUCCUUAUAUGAAAAUUGAUGAAAGCUGUAAACCGAUAGACUAAAGCGGAAUUAUGCUUGGCGCUGGUUUUGAACUUACUGGAGAGAGCGCAGAUAACUUAAAGAAAUUGGAUGGAAAUCUUUUGAAAAAAUUGAGUCCAUAUUUCGCCAAGUAGGAAGCCCCACUUUAGUAUCUAAUGGCAAAUUCUAUUGAGCUCACUCAACAAGAACUCUAAGACUUUGAAAAGGUGAAGGCAGAGAAUGAAAUUUAAAAUCUCUAGAAAUAGUAUGAUGCUAGCUAAUUCAAUAGAAACCAAUACGGCAAGCUAAACAAAGACAGGCCUAAGUUUGCGGAAUUGAGCAGAGGAGUGAGGACUGUGAUCUACUCGCAAAAUAAAUAGUAUGGCAAACCUGAUAACUUUCUUCAAUUGUGGAAUUAUGCGCUUCGAACUGACUUUUAAAACAUGCUUGACUAUCUGAGCAAAUAAGGCCAAGAAAGAGGCCUUUUAGAGUCUCAAAUUCUGAAAUAUUGUAUGGAGAAAUGCUCAGAGUCAAAGAAGGUCAACAUUUUAUUUGUAAUUGACGGGUCAGGAAGUAUUAAUAAAACAAAUUUUGAAACCUAAAGAGACUUUAUUCGAAAUGUUAUUUAAGGUACUAAUGUGGGAAGUGAUUCAUACCUAAUUGGAUUGCUGCUUUUUUCAACUUAAUUAACUCUUGUGAGUGAUUUCAGCUCAGACAAAGCAGCUUUGAUUAAUGCACUGAAUGCAAUGGACCAUCCAAAAGGAUAUACUUAUACUAACAAAGCAUUAAUUGAGGCAAAGGAAUUAUUCUAGUUGCAAGCUAAAAAGAGACCAGAUGCACUGAAUAUAAUGUUUGUUCUUACUGAUGGAAACCCUUUUCCAUCCAGUUAGGCAAUUACUGACUAAACCAUUAAAGACCUGAAAAAUCUGGAGGUUUAAAGAUAUGCCAUUGGAAUAGGUGACAUAAAAGAAGAGGUGUUAAUUUAAAUCUCCGGAGAUACCAAUUAAGAUAAAUCUAGAAUGUAUUUCGUUUAAGACUUUAGCAAGUUAUAUUCACUAAUCAAUUCCUUGAGUGUUUCUGCUUGCUCUACUCCAUAGGAAAUUAAACUAAACUAAAAGGUCUUUGAUACAGCUCUUGAUGGCCAAGGAUCUCAAUACCUUAAAUUCCCUCAAAAGUAAAUAUCCUUAACAAUUGAUGUAAAAGAUCAAGCGGUGAUCUCUUCUCUCUUCUCCUCAAGUUAUCAGCUAUCAUUAGCUAAUACUGAUUAGAAUAAUGAUUAACUUGAUGAUGUAGAGGCUUACUAUUCAUUUACCUAUGACAUGCCAAAUUAAUUUAUAAAUGAUGGAGCUGGGGAGCAAAAAGAUGGAGUGAUCACUUUAGUUAUAAACAAUGACAAAACUAGCACAACAUAUGUUUCUCUCAAGAAAAAGUCUUCCGGUAAGAUUAAUCUCUCUGUUGAGUAGGAGAGUUUGCAACUUGAGAAAUGUGAUGAAAACUGUACACUUUGCAAUAGUCAACUUAUAUGCAAAUUGUGCGAUGAAGGUUAUGAGCUUGUUUAAAGCAAAUGCUAAGUUAUUAAACUUGCUGAACCGAUUAAAGUAGAAAAAAAACUUGAAACUGUUGAAUCAAAUGAGCCCGUUGAAUCUGAGAAUUCAAAGGUCUGGUUGAUUGUAUUGGUUACAGUAUUAGUUCUUGUAGUUCUUGGAGUCGGACUGUUUAUCUACAAGAAGAAGAAGAAUUCUAAUGGCUCAAAUGAUUUGGCUUAUAAUAAUCAGACUCAUUAGACACUACUUUAGAAUUGA